AUGAAUAUGUUGGAUGAUGAAAAUGACCAAAGCUUUCACGCUACGCGUGACGGCUACUCCCAUUUGAGCGAUGUCGAAUGGGAUGCGGUUGAACGAAUGGGUUCGACCAUGGGCAUCCAUGCUGUUAGCGUCAUGCUAGAGGCUCUCAAUAGAGAUGCCCAACAUGCUACUAUCGCCAAGUUCAUUCAAAAUGAACUUGACGCAGAACGCGAGAAAGGGGUCGAAGAAGACUCCCUCUUGAGAUGGUUCGUCGAAUUGGAUGACGCCAUAAGGGCGCGUCGCAUCGACGACGGGGAUAUGCAAGUUGCAUUUGCCCAGUCAAAUCUGGCAGGACGUGCCAAGACUUGGGCACUGGGGCUCAAGCUGCACGACCCAUAUGCGUUUGGGUCGUUGGAAGUCUUCAAGUCGCGGCUCAGACAAACGUUUGAACCGCCUAGAGCUGAGUUCAGAGCUCGAACCGAACUCUUGAAGCUCAAGCAGGGUAAGCGUGAUGUGCACGCUUACGCUCAACAUAUACGACAUCUCACGAGUUGUAUAAGUUCCAAUCCGGUGGAUGAACACACGUUGGUUUCGGUGUUCAUGCAGGGUCUUGCGGAUGGUCCCGUCAAGACUCACCUGUUCCGGCUUGAACUAGAUUCACUAGAACAAGCCAUUUCAAUUGCGGAGCAGGAAGACUUCAGUCUGAGACAGGCUCGCGCCAGCUCGACAUCAUAUCGUCAACCGAGACGAUAUGACAACGGAGGUCCAGAGCCGAUGGAACUCUGUUAUGUAGAGAGCGAGAAGGCUCGCUCUACAGGCUACAAGAAGUUGCAGAGAUGCAACAGAUGUCAAAAGACAGGACACUACGCUUACGAGUGUAGUGCCCCUCGUCCAGUGUCUCGCGACACUGGGCGUAGUGACCGUCCACCCAUGAGAAAGGGGCAGGGACGAGGGUCCGCAGUUGGUGCAAAGACGCAACAACGGGAUGGACCGUCAAAAAACGGACAGGAUCAGUAG